UUUCACCCUUGAUAUUUUCUUUUGAGAAUAAACAAGUCCUUUUCCUGAAGCCAUUAUCUUCCUUGGCUGCAGUGAGUCAAUGGACUUACUCUUCGGUGUCUGCGAAUGGAUCAAAUCGGCAAUACUACAGCCACGUCUAUGGGCUCUCUCUCUCUCUCUCUCUCACUCACUCACUCACACACAGACACACACGCGCGCACCCACACAGACACACGCGCCUGCACUGAUUAUAGCCCUUUAGAGCCGUCGCGUUUAAAAACCCUUAAUCGGGAUGAUCCGCGAUGCGCUCUUGUACUGCUUGGCAGAGACUCUCCCGGGUUGUUUAAUAAUCGGCCGAUCGUAACACUGGCUGCGCGACUACAUCUGCGAAAUGUUAUAUACGGGACCUCAUUCCACAUAGGCUACAAUAAGCACGCGCGGUAUAAAUAGAUAUGUUUAACAUGCAUGUGGAGUCUUAAUCCAGGUUAGAGGGAAUUCCAGGAAACGAAAUGAAAGUGUCUUUGUGGUUCUGUUGUCUGCAUCACCAAGCCGGUUGGUAGUCCACAGCGCGUAUAUAGCGCCAUGAAUCCCAUAGCUGGGAUGCGCCGUCUCGGACGGAACCUGUCCCUCACCCUGCCCUCUGACACGGCGCUUUUCAAAAGUCACUCAUCAUAUUUCUCAUUUGAGGAGGGUUUAAUUUAAGCAACAAGCUCAUCUCGUUGGGAUUCAUUUUCACUUUCUCUGAGAUUAAUAGUUUAAUUAAAAGGUUGCUCCUGUACAGCGGUUGGAAGAAUGAGAAAAUGAAGCGACAUUGCACUGGCGUCGAGGCUCGGAGAGUAACACUUUCGUAUGAAUGAGGACGAUGAGAUUCAAGCCAUGCAACUUCAAUAAGCAGACUUAAACAAGUGGAAAUACCUCGCCGAGAACAGCUGCUUGGAAGACGGAUAAAGAGAUUAAAAAAGCAGCCACCUUCACGCCCUGAAGAUGAAGCCCCCACCCAUCGUGCUGCUUCUGAUUGGUUCAGCGGCCUGCGUCAAUCUGAAAUUCAUCUCCAAGAGGAACUCUGUGGACGGCUGCAUCGACUGGUCUGUGGACCUGAAGAGGUACCGGGUGCUUGCCGGCGAGCCGGUGAGGGUCAAGUGUGCCUUGUUCUACAGCUACAUCCGGACCAACUACACUAUGGCCCAAAACAGCAAGCUGAGACUCAUCUGGUACAAGAAUAAAGGCGACUCGGAGGAACCCAUCAUCUUCUCCGGACACCGGCUCAGCAAGGAGGAAGACUCCAUCUGGUUCCGUUCGGCCGAGCUGGAGGACAACGGCUUCUACACGUGCGUGUUGAGAAAUUCCACGUACUGCAUGAAGGUGUCCAUGUCCCUCACCGUGGAGGAGAGCGAGGAGGGGCUGUGCUUCAGCAGCCGCAUCCGGCACGUGGAGAAGGCCGAGAUCACCAAGAGCAAGAUGAUCACCUGCCCGGAUAUUGAGGAUUACCUGGCCCCAUACAAGCAGCCCAGGAUGACCUGGUACAAGGAAUGCGUGAAGAAGCAGUGGAGGAGCUCCAUCAUGGUGAACACCACCCAUGUGUGGAUCCCCGAGGUGCAGGAAGACGAUGGAGGGAACUACACCUGCGAGCUCCAGUAUGGCAGUAGGGUGGUGAGGAGAACCACCGAGCUCAAAGUCACAGCCCUGCUCACCGCCAGGCCCCCGAAGGUGCUGUACCCUGCGGAGAGGCAGGCCACCGCCAUCUACGUCCAGCUGGGCAUGCCGCUCAGCCUGGACUGCAGAGCCUUUUUCGGCUACAGCGGGGAGUCCAGACCAAUCAUCUACUGGAUGAAGGGCGAGAAGUUUGUGGAGGAGCUGGAAGGACACAUUAAGGAGAGCGAAGUAAGGGUCCUCAAGGAGUUCCUGGGUGAGAAGGAGGUGGAGCUCUCACUGACCUUUGACGCAGUGGAGGAGACCGAUAUGGGAAACUACACCUGCUAUGUGGAGAACCACAUCGGCCGCAGGCAUGCAAGCGCCAUACUACAGAGGCGAGAUGUGUACCGGCUGGAGCUGGCCGGCGGCCUGGGGGCAAUCCUGCUCCUGCUGGGCCUCCUCAGCGCCAUCUACAAGUGCUACAACCUAGACAUCCUGCUGUGUUACCGCAGACACUUUGGCAGCGAGGACGCCGAGGACGAUAACAAAGAGUACGACGGCUACCUGUCCUACACCAAGGUGGACCUGGAGGCUCUGGGCCGCUCUCCCAGUGACGAGGAGCAGUUUGCUCUGGAAGUUCUUCCGGACGUGCUGGAGAAACAUUACGGCUACAAGCUCUUCAUCCCGGAGCGAGACCUCAUUCCCAGCAGCAGCUACAUGGAGGAUCUGGCCCGGAGCGUCGAGCAGAGCCGCAGGCUCAUCAUGAUCCUGACCCCCGAGUUCGUGGCCAAGCGCGGCUGGAGCAUCUUCCAGCUCGAGUCCCGCAUCCACGGCAUGCUGGUGACGGGCGAGAUCAAGGUCAUCCUCAUCGAGUGCGCCGACCUGCGCAGCGUCAUCAAUUAUCAGGAGGUGGAGGCCCUCAAGCACGGCAUCAAGCUGCUGUCCGUCGUCAAGUGGAAGGGCCCCGCUAACAACCGGCUGCAGUCACACUUCUGGAAGCGACUGGUCUAUGAGAUGCCCGUCAAGAGGAAGGAGACGCUGUCGCGUCGCCAGGUGCUGGACUCCGGCGAGCAGGGCCUCUUUGGCGACCUGCAGACCGUCUCCAGCAUCGCCAUGACCAACACCUCCGCCUCGCUGGCGCCCAGCCAUUCCGACGUGCCGGACUUCGACCCGGCGGGCCGCCCGCAGAUGAGACACUUCUGCCGGGUAUAUGAGUACCAGGUGCCUCCAUCCCCGGUGCAUACAGGCACGCUGGGGGACCGGCACACGUACUGCAACAUCCCCAUGGCGCUGCUCAACGGGCAGACGAUACCCGGUGGGGGUGGCGGCGGCGGCGGCAAGGCCAAGACCGAGCUCCACUUCAACAGCACGUUCGUGCCGCUGACCAGCCGUGAGCUCACCAGCGACAUCUGGUAGACGGGAAGGGUACUGCAGCGUGACGUGGAUUUUGAUUACCUGCAUGAAAACUCGACUUUUAACGAAGACGACUUUUAACGAGCACUGGGGUACAAAAAACCAGGACCUGUCCGGGACUUUUUCAUUUGCUCUUUAAUGUUUGGGGAUUUUAUUUAUUAUUAAUUAUUAUUAUUAUUAUUAUUAUUAUUAUUAUUAUUAUCAUUUGACUUUCUUUUCCGUCGGCCGUAAAACGAGGGUUAUUUCGGAAGUGAUUUUCCUACUUGAAUUUCUCCUUUUCGGAGACGGGGUAAUAUAUAUGACCUUGUUUUUAAAACUCAAGCUGCUCUUACUCUGUACAGUUUUCCUAUCUGCUGGGAGCGUGCAUAGAAGGCUGACGUGAUGUGCCGUGUGUGUGCAGUUCCCCAUCUGGACUCCAGGGGGCGUAAAGGAGGACUCCGCUCGUCAAAGAGACACUGUAUUUUGUGAGCAUUAUUAUAUUUAAGCAGAAGUUCCAUGUCUGAAUUUACACAAGGUAAUUGUCAUAGU